AUGGUGGCUCAGAUAGAGAACGGCGGUGGAGGAGUUGGUAGUUCUCCGCCCGCCGCCGCCGCUGUUGAUGAAUGUCAGUUAGAGAAGACGAAAACGUUGAUUUGCGCUCUCAAUUUCCUCUCACGUAACCUUCCGUUACCGCCUGAUGUCUUCGAUGCCGUCUCUUCAAUCUACCAUACCAGCGACGAUGUUGAUGCUGACGUGGACAACAUGUCUAUGACUAAUGAUCCAGCAAUGGCAAGUUAUGGAGACCUGAUGGCAGAUUUUGAGGAAUCGUUGUUGAGGCAACGGUCAAGUUGUGCAUCAGGUUCUCGUUUGACAAAAUUAAAGGAAGAUCGUUUCCGAAGCCAUAUCCAGCAUCGCCUAACUGAACUUGAAGAUUUGCCAACCAGCAGAGGCGAGGACUUGCAAUCAAAGUGCUUGCUUGAACUUUAUGAAUUAAAGUUAGCAGAUUUACAACACAAAGUUCGGUCUGAAGUGAGUUCUGAAUACUGGCUUCGCCUGCGUUGUGCUCAUCCUGACAAGCAAUUGUUUGACUGGGGGAUGACACGAUUGCGACGCCCUUUAUAUGGUAUAGGAGAUGCCUUUGCUGUCGAAUCUGAUGAUCCGUUAAGGAAGAAGCGUGAUGCCCAGAGGUUGUCAAGAUUAGAAGAAGAGGAAAGAAACCGUGUGGAAACUACGAAAAGAAGGUUCUUUGCGGAUGUACUCAAUGCAGCACGUGAACUCCAAUUACAAGUACAGGCUGUUCAGAAGCGGCGGAAACAGAGAAAUGAUAACGUUCAGGCAUGACAUUAUUUAGUUUCUCCUUUUUAUUCUACUGUCUGUUCAUGUUUCAACUCCCCGUGCAUAAUUGACAAAUACCAUGAGCGUGACCUAGAGAGUUGAUGCAGUCUUCACCUGUUAUACUCUUAGACAUGCGCUGGAUUUCGUCUUAC